GUGGGCACCGUCGAUCCCCACAAUUCGAACAAGGAAAUGGGCGGAGCCGAGUCGACGCCCGUGGUGCCGGAAGGCGCACGGCUGAAGAAGAUCUACCUGCAUUUCGAGGAAGGCGACGAAGCCAACCACUUGACCCUCAAGCUGACGAUUCCGUCCAAGUGGUCUGGUGCCACCGUGGACCGCUUGAAGGAGUUCUUCUUGGAAACGUACAACGAGCGCAGGCCCGAGAACAAGGUCGAUCCAAAUGCGUACCAUUUGGAACGGACGGAGAAUCGCGUGAUCCGCGGCGACGAGACCAUCCACGACACGAUCAAGAACCGCGACGACAUUUACGUCAAGAUUGGGCCGUCGACGUUCAAGCACAAGAAAGACCUCGCAGACGAGGAGCGCGAACGUGCCGCGCCAAAGGACUUGGUACAGUGCAAGAACUUUGGAUGUCGCGACAAGUUCAACCCCGCGGACAACCACGCCAGCGCAUGCAAGCACCACACGAAGCCGCCCACGUUCCACGACACGAAGAAGGGAUGGCAGUGCUGCACGGAGAAACUCGUGUACGACUGGGAACAAUUCGAACUGAUCGAGCCAUGUGCCGUGGGGUUCCACAGCACCACUGGAAUCGCGCCGCCCAAGGAAGAGCGGUCGGGAUUUGGCGCCCCCGUUCUCGUCGUGCCCGCCCCAGCUCCCAUGGUCAAAUCCAUCGACGACUAUAACCAGAAGAACCCGAGCACCGUCACCGCCGUCCCGAAACCCAAGCCAGUGGUCGUGCGCACCGACGGCAAGGCCAAGUGCGUGAACUUUGGGUGCCAAAAGGAGUACGUGGUGGCCGACAACGACGAGCGCGCGUGCCCCCACCACGUGGGCGCCCCAGUGUUCCGCGACGCGGGAAAGCACUGGUCAUGCUGCCCUAAGAUCGUCAAGUACGACUUCGACGAGUUUCUCAAGAUCCCGCCCUGCGUCGUGACGGCCCACACGGACCAGCGGGUGUAAUAUUAACAUUUGCACACUUUACAUAGUAUUUCAGUGACACUCGUACAUCUUUCGUCAAUAGGAAGUUGCUAUUUCUCA